AACAUGGUCGUUCGGAUAGCAAAGAGGAAUACAACAUUAGCUCAGUAUGGAAGUUUAUUUGUUCGUUUUAUGUCUACAAGACGUGGCGACUUUCAUCUUGAUACUUUGUCCCAGAGAAGGGUUCCAGGAUUCAAAUUAUGGAUGGCAAAAGAGGUGACACCUAAUUUGUAUGUUGCUGGAGGAUUAACAGACACGCAAAUUAAAUAUGCACAUGAUGAAGGAUUUAAAGGAGUUAUAUCCUUGUUUCAUGAAAAUAGCCCUGGUCAGUUUGGAGGUGAAAAACUUGCUUCAAUGUCAGAAGCCAAAUAUGUUGCAAAGAUUGCUGGAAUUCAGUUUGAUGCGAUUCUUAAAGAGAACAAGGACUGGGCUUGUGUUAAAGCCGUGGAGAAACUAACAAACUCUAUUAAUAAGAUGGAGAAACCAAUUUUGCUUUAUUCCAGCAAACCACAAGCUGUAGCUUUUACAACCUUAUUGCAUACAGCUUACAUGUCAAAACUGGACUCCAAAUACGAACCAAGAGUUGAUAGUGAGAAAUUCUAUAAAAUGAGUGCUUUAAUGGGAAUGAAUUUUACAGAAGACAGAUUUAAAUCGGUUGUUGCAAAAAUAACAGGUGAAUCAAUUGUAAGCAAUCCUCCAAAAUGUGAUGCAUAUCAGAAUUGGUUAGGAUAUUGGCUUGGUCAUCCUGUCUAUAAGAAUUGGUUCACUGCCGGGCAGAUACGAAGGGGUCAUUUAAAGGAACUGGAAGCCGCUGGCUUCAAAUCAGUUAUCAACAUGCGGGCUGGUAAAACCUUUAACAACAAUCCUUCGCAAGAGACCGUAAAUCUGAUCAACAUACCGGUAAAUCUCAAUACAUAUGACGAGAACUACACCCCAGUUAGACAAAAACCGUCGGAAUUGGAGAAGGUUGUAUUAGAUCCAGCUUUGGACAGAAAACAUAUAUCUCCUACAUCAAAUGUAAAUUAUGAAACCGAGAACCCCGAGGAGUAUGGAGACGAAAUUGGUUAUAAUGAAGAACUUGAAAGCGAGCAUUUUAAGGGAUCAUCUUUGAAGUAUUAUCAUUUACCUUUAGGUAAGUUAUUCAAUUUUUAUACGACCGCAUCUCCUACAUCAAAUGUAAAUUAUGAAACCGAGAACCCCGAGGAGUAUGGAGACGAAAUUGGUUAUAAUGAAGAACUUGAAAGCGAGCAUUUUAAGGGAUCAUCUUUGAAAUAUUAUCAUUUACCUUUAGAUAUUAGUUCCACCUUCAGUACAGAUGUAUUUAAACAGUACAAGGACAAGCUGUUAAAGAUAGGAAACGACGGGCCAGUUUUGUUUCACUGUACUAUUGGACAAAGAACUGCUUUUAUGGGUGUCCUAGCAGCGGCAGUACAGUACAAUAAAGAUUUACAAUGGGCUUUGAAGCGCAUACAUGAGCUCGGAUUUACUGUCAACGAAACAACUUUUAGUGACGUAUACAAGAUGUACAAUGAUGUGCUUGGUCCGAUACAGGAUCCACGAUAAUGAACAUUAAUACGAUACUUUUUAUAAAAUUAGGCUAAGUCAAUCCAAGGCUGGGCAUAUUUAUAUAUACUUUUUUUUCACAAAUUUAUGCUAAUUUAUGCAAUAUUAUCUUUCAUCAGAUGUUUGUAUGUAAAUAUACAUGUUUCUUAAUACUAGUAGUCGAAAUAGUAUGAUGACCAGAUAUAAACUUCAUAUAUUAUAGAACCAUUAUAGUCUUUAAAAUAUUUGCUCUUAAGAAAACGAAUAUAUGACAAGCAGUUCUAGUCAAAAACUAUACUACUUGACGGAGAUUUUAACAAAAAUAGUACACACAGAGAUAUAUACUUCAAACAUAAAAAGUCUCUGACGGAAUAUUUCAAAUUGGGUAUUUUCACUCAAGGUAUUUUCUCUUUGGAAAACAUUUUCUUCCUGCAUUUUGAUGGACAGAAUGUUAAUUUUUCUUACCAUCAAAUCACAGAAUGAUUUGGACACAGUUAUUGUUUCAUUUUUAUAGAUCAGAAUAUUCAUUUAAAAAACACUGCAUUCCCCCAUCUCAUUGCCCUUGAAUAUCAAUUAGUCGUCCCAUUCGUAUACAUUGUUCUGUUGUUUCAACAGAUUAUAAUAAUGCACUGGUUAAGUAUUGGAACAAUCUAAUUGAAAUAUAGAUCUCUAUUUGAAUUAGAUAGAGUAUUGGAAAAAAGUAAAGGAGUAGGUCCAGUAAGACCCCUAUUUGGCCCCAAAAUAUAGCAGUUUUACAAAGUUGUUAAAAUGUAAACAUUUGGUUAUUUAUUACACAGUAGAAUACUUCUGCUACAUAAAUAUGGGCUGUUUUUGACAUAA